GUACCUUCCUAACAGGCCAGGAAUUAAGAAGGGUAGAAGAUGGACUAAGUAUUCUGACUAUUGGAAUUCCUGAAGGACCAACUCCAAAUAAAUUAUGAAUGUUGAACAAGAUGAGCUUACAUCCACAGCAGAUAAUGAUAGGUCCUAGGUUUAACAGGGCCCUAUUUGACCCCUUGCUUGUGGUGCUACUGGCUCUUCAACUUCUUGUGGUUGCUGGUUUGGUCAGAGCUCAGACUUGCCCUUCUGUCUGUUCCUGUAGCAAUCAGUUUAGCAAAGUAAUUUGUGUGAGAAAGAAUCUGAGAGAAGUCCCUGAUGCUAUAUCUACUAACACUCGGUUAUUGAAUCUCCAUGAGAACCAAAUUCAAAUAAUCAAAGUGAAUAGCUUCAAACACCUGAGGCAUCUAGAAGUCUUGCAACUGAGCAGGAAUCACAUUAGAACAAUUGAAAUUGGGGCCUUCAAUGGUCUGGCUAAUCUCAAUACCCUGGAACUCUUUGACAAUCGUCUUAGCACCAUUCCUAAUGGGGCAUUUGUAUACUUGUCAAAAUUGAAGGAACUUUGGUUGCGAAACAACCCCAUUGAAAGUAUUCCUUCUUAUGCUUUUAAUAGAAUCCCUUCCCUGAGGAGGUUAGAUCUGGGGGAAUUAAAAAGGCUUUCAUAUAUCUCUGAAGGUGCCUUUGAAGGUCUAUCCAAUUUGAGGUAUUUGAACCUUGCUAUGUGCAACCUUCGAGAAAUUCCUAACCUCACACCACUUGUAAAACUGGAUGAGCUAGAUCUUUCUGGGAACCACUUAACUGUUAUCAAGCCAGGGUCUUUUCAAGGAUUAAUGCAUCUGCAGAAAUUGUGGCUGAUCCAAUCCCAGAUUCAGGUGAUUGAAAGGAAUGCCUUUGAUAACCUUCAGUCACUAGUAGAGAUCAAUCUGGCCCACAACAAUCUAACACUACUGCCUCAUGACCUCUUCACACCUCUCCAUCUGGAAAGAAUCCACCUGCAUCAUAACCCUUGGAACUGCAACUGCGACAUCCUAUGGCUCAGCUGGUGGAUUAAAGACAAAGCACCCUCCAACACUGCAUGCUGUGCCCGUUGCAACACACCUCCCAGCUUGAAAGGAAGAUACAUUGGUGAGUUGGACCUAAACUACUUCACAUGCUAUGCUCCUGUGAUUGUGGAGCCACCAACAGACCUCAAUGUCACUGAAGGCAUGGCUGCUGAGCUUAAAUGCCGAGCAUCAACAUCCCUGACCUCUAUAUCUUGGAUUACUCCAAAUGGAUCUGUUAUAACACAUGGGGCUUAUAGGGUUCGGAUUUCUGUGCUCAGUGAUGGCACAUUAAACUUUACAAGGGUAACCGCGCAAGACACAGGCUUGUAUACAUGCUUGGUGAGUAACUCUGUGGGGAAUACUACAGCUUCUGCAAUUCUUAAUGUAACCGCACAGGAGUGUAUUACUUAUUUUUCAACCAUCACAGUAGAAACUGUGGAACCUUCUCAGGAUGAGGCACGGACCACAGAACAGGUUUGGCCCACACCAGUUAUUGAUUGGGACACCACUAAUGCGACAACCUCUCUCACACCACAGAGCACAAGGUCAAUGGAAAAAGCAUUCACAAUUCCUGUGACAGAUUUCAGCAACGGGAUCCCGGGAAUAGAUGAGGUUAUGAAGACUACCAAAAUCAUAAUUGGUUGUUUUGUGGCAAUCACUCUUAUGGCUGCUGUGAUGUUGGUCAUUUUUUACAAAAUGAGAAAACAACAUCACCGGCAAAAUCAUCAUGCUCCAACACGGACUGUAGAAAUCAUUAAUGUGGAUGAUGAACUUACAGGUGAUACACCCAUAGAAAGUCAUUUGCCCAUGCCAGCAAUAGAGCAUGAGCACUUAAACCACUAUAACUCUUAUAAAUCUCCUUUCAACCACACAACAACAGUUAACACAAUAAAUUCCAUACACAGUUCAGUGCAUGAACCAUUAUUGAUCCGAAUGAACUCUAAAGACAAUGUACAAGAGACUCAGAUCUAAACCAUUUACAGAUUUAAAGGGGGAAUUUAAAACAAAAAAAGACAGUUUAUUAAAAAAAAUGACACAGAUGACUGGGCUAAAUCUACUGUUUCAAAAAAAGUGUCUUUACAAAAAAAGAAAUUUAUUUAUUAAAAAUUCUA